ACUGGUGCUGCAAGAGAUUUGUCUCUCCAGAGGGCCGGGCCGAAAGUUUUUUGGCCGGUGGCCUCUCCAAUCAACUGAAUCACUAGUGUACAAGGGACUUCGCUGCCAACCAGGAAAGCAAGCUACACUACUGAUAGCUAGACUCUCUAGAGAAUAGGAAAAGAAGGGCUGCAAUAAACCAGUGGCUGGGAAUGGAGCUUUUGUCGAUCUCGACCUUCUCCCUCUUUUUCUGGCGGCAGAAGCACAUGCAGCUUUCGACAUUUGGAUUUGCCCAUCCAUCAGUCAUCACAGAUUCACAGGUUCUCACGAAUCGCAAAACUCCAAUAUGCGCGGAUCGUGAGUCGCAUGAGGGUCGCAUGAGGUUGUGGCAGUUUUGGAUUCGAUUCGAGGCCCGUUCAGUGCGCCUCUCGCCUGGGCUUUCAGUCGACGUCCACUCGAUAAGAAAGCAAAAUUUCCAAUCUCCUACUCAGUCUAGACCGGAAUUGAUCCCGUGGCCUAUCCAUCCAUCCAUCCAUCACCCAGGCUUCCCCGCCGAUCUGAAGAAAUCAGCUAUCGUCAAAAGCGCCACCAACCGCGGACCAUGCUCCGGUUCUGGCAAUUUGGGUAAGGCUGUCGGGACUCGGCGGACCCAAGGGAGGGUCUGGGUUCUGGGUUUCUUGACUCUUCUCUUGAGCAAUUCAGGCAAGUCGUUCGAUCGGGCCUUCGAGGGUGUCGGGGUGUCAAAUGGCAAUGGUGUGAUGUAUGGUGGAAAUGAGAUAUGUGACUCCCAGUCGCUCUCAAAGGCUUUCCUAAGACCCUUUACAUAGAACUUCACGACAAGCCCUAUCAAAACCCGGGAAAGCCCCCUCCCUCCGUCAGAGACGGAGACAUCUUCGGAUGCAGAACACUGGCCGUUGAAUGGUCAAGACAGUCCAAGUGGGUGGUGGAGAACCAAUGUGUGUCGACAUGGUCUGUAUAGAGGGCUGAAAG